AUGCACGGAAUCCCCACCCAUCACCCACCCUCCCCCAUACCCGUCGCACAAACCACACAUGGCACUGCCAACACGCCCGCUGCCCCUCCCAACAACGUUGAGUUGAACCGUGAGGGCGAGAAAACCAAGAGAAAGACAGAAAAAAAAACCUUCUAA